CGGCCGCAAGCCUGAGGAGUACGGGUGCGGACCGUAGCCGCGCACACAGUGACGUUGCGCCCGAAAAGUGGCUAGAAAAUAAACGCGAAAAUGAAGUGUCGCGCACGGCGGUAAGAGACAACAACCGGGGUUGGCGAGAAACGCGGGCGCGGUGCUCUUCAGCAAGCUGGUGAUCGCUUCGAAUACGGGCGGAUGCGAUAGAUGUGCGCGCGGUGUGCGGCGGCCAGCUUCGGACAGGAUGACGCCGGGCAAUGCUAGCGCCAGCUCAAGACACGCAUCUGCACCCUAACGCGAGUUAGACACAAAAUGGAGGCAUGCUGCUGUAAGCCCACUCUGACAAACCAGGUUGGCCGCAGCGCAGGAAGCGGCGGCUCAGGCGGUGCAGCAGCAGGCGGGGGCGGGCGCAGCUGAUAGAAUGGGGGGUGUGAGGGAAGCGGGCGGCCAGGGGCCCAGCUCGCUCUUCCUGUUGUCCGACGAGAAUUUCAUCCGUAGAUACACGCGCUUCAUCAUCGAGUGGCCUCCGUUUGAGUAUGCCGUGCUUUCGACAAUCAUAGCAAACUGUGUGGUGCUGGCGCUGGAGGAGCACCUGCCCAAUCAUGAUAAGACUAUGCUAGCACAAAAAUUAGAAAAAACAGAGGCAUACUUUCUAGGAAUAUUCUGUGUUGAAGCUUCGUUGAAGAUUCUAGCAUUAGGUUUCGUUUUACAUAGAGGAUCAUAUCUCAGAAACAUUUGGAACAUUAUGGAUUUCUUUGUCGUGCUCACAGGGUUUAUAACGAUGUUCCCUCAGGAAAUCAUAGCGGUGGACCUGCGCACGUUGCGCGCCAUUCGAGUGCUAAGACCUCUCAAGCUAGUCUCUGGCAUUCCUAGCCUCCAAGUCGUGUUGAAGUCCAUCAUCAAAGCUAUGGCUCCCUUGCUGCAGAUCGGUUUGUUAGUAUUGUUUGCCAUCGUUAUAUUCGCGAUCAUUGGUUUAGAAUUCUACUCGGGAGCGCUACACAGAACCUGUUAUAGUCUCUAUGAUAUAGAUGAAAUUAUUAAGGAGGGCGACGCAGCGGCACCCUGCAACACCGAUAAUCAAUCGCAGGCGGAGCUGCAGGGGAGCAAUUGGUGUCGCGACGGCAACUCGGUGUGUCUGGAGCGGUGGCAGGGUCCGAACAAUGGCAUCACCUCCUUUGACAACAUCGGUUUCGCCAUGCUCACCGUGUUCCAGUGUAUCACCAUGGAGGGAUGGACUUCGAUACUGUAUUGGAUGAACGAUGCAGUCGGCAGCUACUUCAAUUGGAUGUACUUCGUGCCGCUGAUUGUGCUCGGCUCGUUCUUCAUGCUCAAUCUGGUGCUCGGUGUGCUUAGCGGAGAGUUUGCCAAGGAAAGAGAAAAAGUAGAAAACAGGCAAGAGUUUUUAAAGCUACGUCGAGCUGCCCAGUUAGAAAGAGAGCUAAAUGGCUAUGUGCAAUGGAUUUGCAAAGCUGAGGAAGUAAUAUUAGCUGAAGAACGAACGACAGAAGAAGAAAAAAUGCACAUAAUGGAAGCGCGUCGACGCGCGGCGAAGAAAAAGAAGCUGAAAAAGAUGGGCAAGAGUAAAAGCACGGAUACCGAGGAGGAGGAGCAGGAGGAAGAGCUGGGCGACGAUGUAUUUCUUACAGAGUCUAAGAAAAAACUAAAAGCAGGUUUUGGGCGCGCCGGCUACAUGAAGACCCGGGCACAGGGCCCGGGCGGGUGCGCCUCCUUCUGGCGCGCCGAGAAGCGCUUCCGGUUCGCCAUCAGGCACGCCGUCAAGACGCAGUGCUUCUAUUGGUUCGUCAUCGUGCUCGUCUUCUUCAACACUGUCUGCGUUGCGGCGGAAUUUCACGGCCAGCCAAAUUGGCUUACAGAUUUUCUUUAUUAUGCUGAAUACGCAUUUCUGGGUCUAUUCAUGCUGGAGAUGGUGGUGAAGAUGUACGCACUGGGACCUCGGAUCUACUUCGAGUCGGCGUUCAACCGUUUCGACUGCGUGGUCAUCUCAGGAUCCAUCUUUGAGGUGGUAUGGUCGGAGGUGAAGGGCGGCUCGUUCGGCCUGUCCGUGCUGAGAGCUCUAAGACUGCUGCGCAUCUUCAAAGUGACCAAAUACUGGUCGUCACUGCGAAAUCUCGUCAUCUCGCUGCUGAACUCCAUGCGCUCCAUCAUCUCACUGCUGUUCCUGCUCUUCUUGUUCAUUCUCAUAUUUGCGCUGCUCGGCAUGCAGCUCUUCGGCGGGCAGUUCAACUUUGACGAGGGCACGCCACCCACCAACUUCAACACGUUUCCCAUCGCUCUACUCACCGUCUUUCAAAUCUUAACCGGUGAGGAUUGGAACGAGGUGAUGUACUAUGGCAUUGACGCGCUGGGCGGUCACAAAUCCGGCAUGAUCUACUCGUUAUACUUCAUCAUUCUCAUGCUGUUUGGCAACUACACUUUGCUCAAUGUGUUCUUGGCUAUCGCCGUCGAUAAUUUAGCCAACGCCCAGGAACUCACAGCUGCCGAAGAGGAACAGGCUGAGGAGAACAAAGAGAAGCAAGCACUGGAGCUGGAGAAGGAGAUGGAGGCGUUGCAAAUGGAAGGUGCGCCUCGAUUAGAUGGCAGCUCUUCACCAACAAGCCGCCGAAAGAAAAAAGAUGAAAAACCCGAAGAGGAAGAAGAAAUUGUCGGACCCAAACCUAUGCUGCCAUAUUCUAGCAUGUUCAUACUAUCACCCACAAAUCCUGUAAGAAAAGGGGCACAUUGGGUAGUUAAUUUAAAGUACUUCGAUUUUUUUAUCAUGAUAGUGAUAAGUCUGAGUUCGAUAGCGUUAGCGUGCGAGGAUCCCGUUGUGGAAGACUCGCCGACAAAUCAAGCUCUAGAUGUUUUGGAUUUGGGGUUUACCGCCGUGUUUGCGACCGAACUGCUUCUCAAGAUCAUCGAUCUGGGAAUCAUUUUGCAUCCGGGCGCGUAUCUGCGCGAGUUCUGGAAUCUGAUUGACGCGAUAGUCGUCGUCUGCGCGCUCAUUUCGAUGGGAUUCGAUUUCUUGUACGUCCUAACCUCAAAUCAUAACCCAAUUCAAAAACUAACCAAAGUUGUAUUGUUUUACAGGGGCACAUCUACGAGUCUGUCGACGAUCAAAUCCCUAAGAGUGCUCCGAGUGCUGAGACCUUUAAAAACAAUUAAACGAGUGCCCAAAUUAAAAGCAGUGUUUGACUGUUUAGUGAACUCAUUAAAAAAUGUGAUAAACAUUCUGAUAGUGUACAUAUUAUUCCAGUUUAUAUUCGCUGUAAUCGCCGUUCAAUUGUUUAACGGAAAGUUUUUUCACUGCACUGAUUCUAGUAAAUUUACGGAAUCGACAUGUCAGGGGACGUACUUUUUAUAUGAGGAAGACUCUGAUGUGCCCCGCAUAGAAGCUAGAGAAUGGAAACUGCAGAGUUUCCAUUAUGAUGACGUGGCCAUGGCUAUGUUAACACUAUUUGCUGUGCAAACUGGUGAAGGAUGGCCACAGGUUUUACAAAAUUCAAUGGCUGCCACAUAUGAGGAUCAAGGCCCAAUACAAAAUUUUCGUAUUGAAAUGUCCAUUUUCUACAUCGUGUAUUUCAUAGUGUUUCCAUUCUUCUUUGUAAAUAUAUUCGUUGCCUUGAUUAUCAUCACAUUUCAAGAACAGGGUGAAGCCGAACUGCAAAGCGGUGAGAUUGAUAAAAAUCAGAAAUCCUGUAUUGACUUCACGAUACAAGCCCGUCCGCUAGAAAGAUAUAUGCCUAACAAGCGGAAUAGCUUCAAAUACAAGAUCUGGCGUGUCGUCGUCUCAACGCCCUUCGAGUACUUCAUCAUGAUGCUCAUUGUGUUCAACACGCUGCUGCUGAUGAUGAAGCAUGAUGGGCAAACCGAUACCUUCUCGAAAUCGCUUAAGUACCUCAACUGGGGCUUUACGAGCAUGUUCACGGUGGAGUGCAUCCUCAAGAUUCUUGCCUACGGCGUGCGGAACUUCUUCAAAGAUCCUUGGAAUACCUUCGAUUUGAUCACGGUGGUUGGCAGUAUUAUCGACGCGGUGGUCGUUGAAUUUGGUGAAAGGGCAGCGGCGAAAGUGUCAAAAGAGUCUGCGCAGAGGGACAAUUUCAUCAACGUCGGCUUUCUGCGGUUGUUCCGCGCGGCGCGUCUUAUCAAACUCCUGCGGCAGGGCUACACGAUUCGCAUCCUGCUCUGGACGUUCGUGCAAAGCUUCAAGGCUCUUCCAUACGUCUGUCUUCUAAUAGCGAUGCUGUUUUUCAUUUAUGCUAUUAUUGGCAUGCAAGUAUUUGGAAACAUUGCUGAGAAUCCAGCAGAGUCUAUCAAUCGACACAACAAUUUCCGAAAUUUUAUACAAGGCCUUAUGUUAUUAUUUAGAUGUGCAACGGGCGAAUCCUGGCCGAGUAUUAUGUUGUCCUGCAUAAAAGGACGACAAUGCGAUGAGAAAUCCGAUAAGGAGGACCCGCUUAGUUGUGGGUCAAACCUGGCAUACGCCUACUUUGUAUCAUUUAUCUUCUUUUGUUCAUUUCUUAUGUUGAAUCUGUUCGUUGCUGUCAUCAUGGACAACUUUGACUAUUUAACAAGAGACUCGUCUAUUUUGGGCGCCCAUCAUUUAGACGAGUAUGUAAGAAUAUGGGCUGAAUACGAUCCAAAUGCUACAGGUAAAGUCCUGUAUCAAGAAAUGUACGACAUGUUGAAAAACAUGGACCCGCCGCUGGGAUUCGGUAACAAGUGUCCCAAUCGGUUGGCGUACAAAAAACUUAUAAGAAUGAACAUGCCGGUGGAUGCAGAAGGCCGGGUGAAUUUUACAACCACACUCUUUGCACUUAUACGAGAGAAUCUUGCCAUUAAAAUGAGACCAGCUGAUGAAAUGGACGUGGCCGAUGAAGAACUCCGUGAAACAAUAAAAAUAAUCUGGCCAAUACAAGCGAAAAACAUGGUGGACUUACUAGUGCCUCCACCGGACCAGCUCAACACUGGUAAGAUGACAGUGGGAAAGAUCUACGCCAGUUAUUUGAUAUUAGAGAGCUGGAGGACGACCAAAUUCGGCCAGCUGGAGUCAGCCGGAGGCAAUCAGGGUUUUGGAAAUAGCCCCUCAGCCAAUCACGCGAAGGCGUCGUUUUUUGACUGUCUGCUGGACAUGGCCGGCCAGCUGGGCAGUCGCGCCGGCUCGAUUAGUCUCGAAGGCGCACCGCUCAUGGGCGGGCAGGAACAACCCGAGCAGGCGGCCGCUGCCGCACCUGUACCCACCCACGCCCACACGCUGCAUCCCCUAGGGCCGGGUCAUCAUCCGGACGACACCAAAUCUCUAGCUACGCUUGCUAGACGCAACACCAAACGACGCUCCUUAAGGAACAAAAAGCAGGUGAUGGAACUACAGGAUGUUCUGGGCUCACGCCGUCCAUCGAUGGAGAGCAUAGGCGAUCAGCAACAUUUACAUCCGGCGGGUAACUACCCGAACACGCAUCGAAGAUCACCGAGUUUAAGACGUGGGAACUCCCCGUCGAUGCAGCGUAGUCCCUCGCCGGGACGUAGGUAUCCAUCACAUCUGCACCACGAUAUUGGCUUCUCGGACACGGUGUCCAAUGUGGUUGAAAUUGUAAAGCACGAACAUCAACGUUCGUCGCAGAGGCACCGGAAAGGAGGUAGUGAGUUUCUGGGAUCAUGGUCGGCGUCGACCAGUCCGGCGAGGUCACCCUCGCCGACCAACAACAGGCAUCACUACAAUGUGCGGCAUGGAGGCGGCGGAGGAGGAGGUGGAAGCGGAGGCUACAGGGCGCCGCACCGGGGUGCCGCUUACGGUACUACCAGCCUUUGCCAGAGAUCUAGAUCCCCAAGUCCCACACAUCCCGUGCCUCAUCAACACGGUCCUCCUACAAUCGCUUGCGCGGUUGUGGGACUUCCGGUGCAUCAUUCAGCGGCCAUGCAGGGCAGCGUGCAACACAGCCAUCCUGUACUUGGGUCUCGUAGAGGGCAAGGAAGGAGACUACCGCCAACUCCAUGCAAACCUUCGACGUUACAAUUACGACCAGGACCCAUCAACUUUCCAAAGUUGAAUGCAUCGCCAACCCACUUUGAUCUCUUGCAGAUGCAAUCACAUUCGGCACAUGCUACACCCCAUGCAUCACUCAACAUGGCGCUGGUCAGAGAAAGAGAACCACCUCACGAAAUGGUAGCACCACUUCGAGACGCGCCCGCGGCACCACUCAGCUUCGAGCAGGCGGUAGCACUGGGACGUGGUGGACGGAUGCUGCCCAGUCCUGUGCCCAACGGCUACAAGCCGAAACCGUCGCGCUCGCGGCACUCUGACUCCGACGACGACGACUGGUGCUAACACUAGGGGACCUACUCAGUCACAUGAGUACCCACCCACCAAACGGACGCGCGCGCGGUGUGAUGACUUAACUCGCAAAAGGCCUUCAAGGAAUUGAUUAUUGUGUUUUUAAAACGAACCGCAAAUUCGUAAAAAUUCGCUUGUGCAUAACAACCCACCGACGAACCAAAAAAAUCAGCGCAAAAAAAUAAUCCAAAACAAAGAAACAGAAAAAUAAAACAGUAGCGGUGUCACGAACAAUGUUCACAUUCAGUGAGCGGUGAGUACUGUCCCCCGGCGAAUGUUAAACAAACAACACUUAAGUAUAGACUUACCGGAAACGCCAUCUUCGACUUUAUUCAACUUACAUUUAAAACAUAUUAAAGAAAUCAUCAUGCAAACACUCUAGUCUACUAUUAAGAACGUUGUAACGAAGUUCCAGUUCGUUGAGUGGUUAUUGAAUAUAAUACACAACACACGUUUUCGUUCGAGCGUUAGUUGUCUGAACUAAAAACAGUGAGAAAAAGAACGUAGAGAACGUGUAAAGUGUAAAUGCGCAUAGGCAUUUUUAUACUUUUCUAUGACUAUAGCGCUUUGUUUGGAACAUCCAGUAUAUUACGUUCACUGUAUGCAGGCAAAAAAAAAACAAAAAAAAAACACUCACACACAACUUUAGUAACUCAACUGCCAGCGAUCGAACAAAACAAAUUCCAUGAUUAACUUGAAGAGAAAAUACUAAAAUGACAACAAUUAUUAUUAAGUUUGAGUUGAUCUGACGCCACACACCGAGAGAACACUUCGUAUACCUUUGUACAUACAAACAAACAAAGCAAAAACAAUGGUAACUUGCAGUUAGAUUUCAAAUUUACUAACCAACGUGUGUAUGAAUGUCGUUUUUACACAUUAACGUUAUAAUAACCAAAACUACAAAACAAAAAUGAUGAAAAAACGGUGCAAGGACGCAAAUGGACAGGCGAUGACGAGGAAUAUUAUUGAUAAUUAUAUAAUUCUUCCCUAAAGUGCUUUAAAAUCACUAAAUUUACGAAUCCAUAACGUGUAUGUGUGUGUGUGCAAGUCGCAGACCGGAAACCCACACACGUCACAAAAACAUAACAAUAAAAGCAGCGUUCGCCGCUAGAUAUCUAACCUAACCUUAAAUUUGCAUUCAGCUGUACUUAACCUCACUGGACGCAGAGAUCCGCAAGACGUGUUGAAUUUGUCUGUUGAAACUUGUCAAACGUGAAUAUUAUCUAUAAAACAUUGCGCAUGUGAAACACUUGAAACUCUUUCCACCAGCUACAACACUACACUUCAACCUAAGUUAUACAGAGUGUUCCAAGAAACAUAGUCUAAGUGUUGAUAAAUGUGCUGAUUAUUUCGUUGCUAGCAUUUGGAACACCUUAUACCAUGGUUAUUUCUGUGAUAUGUAAGAUGAAACCGAGCAGGAAAAUCUAGUGACACACACACCAACACAUGCAUUCGACUAGAUAGUUUGAGUUGAUUGGUUUUAGUAAUUCACUCAUAACACAGAAAGUAACAAGACAUUCUCAUCGUGGUGUUGUCAUAAUUUAGGCAAUAUAUUCAAUCAAUUUACAGCGUUUGAUUGUUUGCUAGAAUUUUCUACCGAAUCCGAGCAUGAAAUAGCGUGAACCUUGUGUAUUUAUACCGGAACGAAGUGUUUAGACAACCUAAUUUCAUUGUAUAGUUGUAUUUUUAACAAAAGAGAUGCCUUAUAUAUAAAAAUGAAGUUAACAAGUAAACCAAGUUGGGAAAACAAGACGUAAUACAGAAAUUUGCGCGCGUAGAGUCGGCGCGGGAUGGCGAAUGAAAACUCGGUGUGAAAAGUUGUAAACAUUUGAAAAAUUGUACAGGAGUGCACUCACGUUUCCGAUAUUCACACAAUCUUAGCGUGUAUUUCGGUCUUAUUAAACCUUGAACUUAGCUGAUAUGAGACAACAUUAACGUUAAAACUAACCUAAAAAUGAAGCGAUACUUACGCGUGCGCAAGCGCAUAACAUUUUUUAUAUUAACAAGAAACUAGCGCGAGAAGGUCGCGAUCCUGUUCCCAUUCGUGUCGUGGAGAAUAAUAAACAUAAAAACACACUAGGAUUAAUAUAAAACAAACAAAAAAAAAACUAUGCAAGUAAUUUAAACUAAAAUGAGAAAACCCAGUGAGAAUCGAAGAAUAUUAUAUAUACAAAAGAAAAAAAAAACAACCACACAUAUGCUUAUAACGUUGAUCAAGAUGGCGGGACGUUCAAUCGGCGUCGUGUAUUCUUUGGCUGUAAAUAUUAUAAAUAUGAUCAUAGGCUAGUCUAGGUGUAAUCGUGUUCCAUAUGCACACAAGAAUCUUACAUUGAAAUUCAAGUUCACUUUGAUUUCGUGCGCUGGCGCCCUCUGUGUGUUGAUAAUCUAUAAUCUACGAGAUAUAUUGUAUGUUGAAUUUGUUGAUUCUUGUUGAAUUGUUUCGCGAUCUUUCCGAUUUAUUUGUUCAUAUUGUAAAUGUGAUCACGAAUUCUUUCAAAGCGCGAUGCAAAAUGGCGCAUUGGCGUACCACCAUUUUGUGUACAUCCGGAUGCAUAUCACACACACACACACCACACUCACACAUAAGCGCGCGCGUUGAAGCAUUCGAUAAUUACGAGAUAAGAUAGCUAAUUAUUCGCAUUUUCGAGCCACACCAUCAUCAGGAAUAUUCGCCCACGACGAUGACACGUAACACUUUCACCCGCCCCCACCCACACACAUUAACUAACUAAGGAUAACGAGUUUACAAUUUAAACGUAAAUUUUAAACGUGAAUAAAUACUACUAUCUCUGCCAAUUUCAUCAAAGUGUAAACAAAAAUGAUUACGGGUUGCAUUCGUGCCUAAUUUCGUUUUGUCGCGGACACAUCGUUGAUUAUGAUAAUAUAUAUCGUUGAUUUUGUUGUCAAAGUUUAAGAAUGCCAGGUGUUAUCGGUUCCGCUCCUUUUUGCCAUACUGGUCGGGUCACACACUCAACCCAACACCCUGUAUAUAUCCAAUAAAUUUGCACAUAUUGAAAGCAAUAUUAUUAGAAUGGCAAUUAUUCGUUGGUUUCUCGUUGAAAUUAAUACUUAGCUUUGACCCGACGGCGUUAUUACUAUCCCAGAUAAAAUCGUGUGUAUGUUGUAUAUCGUGUCUGCUUGUGCAUAACCUCGAUAAACAUGCGCGAACAAAAUGGCCGCCGCGAUACGAAUCGUUUUUUCCCAAUGAUGUUGUGUUCCCUAGUCGUAGCCGCUCUUUCAACUAAAUACAUUUACUUAUAAAAUCAGUCGAACGCCGAACGCAGCGCCGGAAACCGGAAGCACUCGACAUGGCGAGACAUAAAUGACUUUUACAUUUGCAAAUAAAACUAAAUAGUAACUACAUUGAUGAUGAUUCAAAACAACACACAUUCGUACUUGUAUUAUUAACUUAUGUCGUAAGCAAACUUACACUUAAUUACAUAUUACAUAAUAUACCUUAUCGUAUAAGUACAUAUAAAUAUAAAAUACGAGUUCAAAGUCCAAAUUUUAUAAAAUUCAGCAUCUGUACAUAUAUUUUAAAUCUAGAUAUGAGAAAUAAUAGUAAAUAAAACCAUGAGGUGAUGUUGGCGGCGAGUGGAACGGUCGACCGGAAACAAUAUGGCGGAGGAUGCCAUCCACAUUUCAAAAAUGAUGCUGGGUUAUGUUUUUCGUGCACGAAUUGCGAUGGAUUCAAACACUGCGGGCAAACAAAACAAACAAAACCAGAGAGAAAACUAUAAGAAAGUAUUAUUAUCAUGUUACAUACAUAAAUUAUAAGCGCAUAAUAAUUUAUCUAAAUAUAGUUGUUAAGACUUGAACAGCAACAUUUUUGAAGUUGGUUCGUGGAGACGAGGCGACACACGAUGGUCGAAAUGCGACCGCUGCGAGAUAUUGAAAUAAUAUAUAUUGAAAUAUAUUGAUCUAUUGUGAGCAUGAUGUGUAAAAAUGCAAAGCGACACGUAAAAACGACAAAAAAAAAAUCACAAAAAAUUGAAAAUGAGAAACCAAAAAUUACAGAACUUAUAAACAUUUAAGAGAAUGAAUAAGAUUUAUAUAUAAAUAUAUUAUAAUUAUAUGACAUAAAAAUCUUUUUCGUAAUUAUGUUAUGUAUUGAAUAUUUAUGUAAUUUAUUAUUAAUAUCUAAUGAUAUCAGUUAGACUAUUUGCAUUAGUGUUAUAACUAAACAAACAAAAAACAACAAACAAAAAUAUUAUCAUCGCUUUAAAGCCCAUUUUUUAAUGAAAAUCGUAAAUAAAUUAUGAUAAUAUAUGAAAACACAAGAUGCGCACAAGAAGCAAAUCCUAAA